AUGUCGACUUCUGACGCCGAGUCCGGCACUCGACCUAUCUACAAGGUCUAUAAGCGACGCUUCUGGGGUUUAGCCCAGUUGGUCUUGCUGAACAUUGUCUGGUUGACCUUCUCGUCCAUCUCGACCACCGCGGCGGAGUACUUCAAUGUCUCGGAAAGCGCUAUCAAUUGGAUGAGCACUGGCUACCUCUUUGCCUUUUGCGCCGUCAGUCCCCUCGUCAUCUGGAUCUUAAACAAAGGCGGUCCCAAACCUGCUAUAGUGAUCACCGCCAGCCUCUUGCUGGUCGGCAACUGGCUGCGAUAUGCAGGCACGCGAGCAAACGGCGGUAUCUUCGGGCUAGCCAUGUUCGGGCAGAUCCUCAUUGGAUUCGCGCAGCCCUUCUGCCUCUGUGCGCCAACACGCUAUAGCGACCUCUGGUUCUCAGACCGAGGCCGCACGAGCGCAACGGCCGUCGCCAGUCUCGCGAAUCCGCUUGGCGCAGCACUAGGUCAGCUCGUUGAUUCAGAAUGGGCCACCAAGCCCUCUGACAUCCCAAACAUGGUCCUAUACAUCUCCAUCAUCUCGAGCGUUGCAGCCAUCCCAUCAUUCUUCCUGCCUGCCUCACCACCAACACCUCCAAGUGCCUCUUCAGCAAUCCCCCACACGCCUUUGGGAAUAGCAACCUACCAGCUAAUCACGACGUGGGAAUUCUGGCAGAUUCUCAUCCCAUUCUCCGUCUACGUAGGCUUCUUCAACAGCGUUUCGUCACUGCUGAACCAGAUACUGAGCCCGUACAACUUCGACGAGACCGAAGCCGGUAUCGCAGGCGCCAUUCUCAUCGUCGUCGGUCUCGUCACCGCUGCGAUCAUGUCGCCCAUCACAGAUCGCUAUAAGCACUACCUCGGCAGCAUCCGCGUCCUGGUCCCCAUCGUCGCAGUGACGUAUAUAGGACUGAUAUUCGCGCCUUCCAGCCCAGCGGGGAUUCCGCCGUCGUAUGUCGUUAUGGCAUUACUGGGCGCAUCGUCUUUUGCACUUCUGCCCAUCGUGCUAGAGUACCUGGCUGAAAUCACUUAUCCUUUCUCGCCUGAGAUCGGAAGUACCAUCUGCUGGACGGGUGGGCAGCUGCUGGGCGCUUGUUUCAUUUUGAUUCAAGAUGCUUUGAAAGCUGGGGAUGAUGCGAAGCCGCCGUCGAAUAUGCGGAAUUCACUGAUCUUUGCUGCUGUGGUGGCGGUUGUGGCGGCGCCGUUCCCUUUGACCAUUGGUCUGUUUGGGAGGGUGGUCGAGAGACGAAGAUUGGAGGUUGAUCGUGGGGUGGAGUUGCAGGAGCCGGUUUCUGUGCUUGAUGAUCGGGUGAAGAAGGUUCCUUCGGAUGGUGACACAGAGACUCUGAUCAAGGGAUAG